AUGCAAGGCGAGGUGGAAAAAGUGCGGGUAGUGGUGAGAUGUCGGCCGAUUUCCGAGCAAGAAAAACGGCAAGGACAUAAGGGUAUCGUCGAGGUUGACCAUCGAGGUGGUACCGUACAGCUUUUCCAUCCACAACAAUCUGAGGAACCACCACGUACCUUCGGGUUCGAUGCGGUCUUUGGAGCAGAUUCCGAUCAAAUGCUUGUCUACAACGUUUCUGCAAGACCAAUUGUCGAAAAUGUGUUGAAGGGUUACAAUGGCACCAUAUUUGCUUACGGGCAAACAGGCACGGGCAAAACGUUCACAAUGAGUGGCGAUGAUGAGAAGCCUGGGAUCAUCCCGAAUUCGUUUGCUCAUAUAUUCGAUCAUAUUUCGAAAUGUGAACAGGAUAAAACAUUCCUUGUACGGGUUUCCUAUUUGGAAAUUUACAACGAAGAAAUACGGGAUUUAUUAGCUAAAGAUGGUCACGGCACUCAGCUAGAAAUAAAGGAACGACCGGAUGUCGGCGUCUAUGUGCAUAAGCUAUCAACAGUGACCGUCUCCAAUGCCGGCCAAAUGCUGCGGAUCAUGGAGAUUGGCAGCAAAAAUCGAAAAACUGGUGCAACCCUGAUGAAUAUCGAAAGCUCCCGUUCACAUGCCAUGUUUACUGUCACGGUCGAAAGUUCAGAAAAUGGCCAUGUGACCCAGGGUAAACUUCAACUGGUCGAUUUGGCUGGUAGUGAGAGGCAAUCCAAGACCGGUGCUACGGGGGAACGGCUAAAAGAGGCUGCAAAAAUUAAUCUAUCUCUAAGUACACUCGGCAACGUCAUCUCGGCUCUCAACGUGGCCAGGAUCAAUGAAGACCCGAAAGAUGCGAUGCUUAGAAAAUUCCAGGAAGAAAUUGAGAUGUUGAAAAAGAUGUUAGCUGAUGAGGAAGGAGAAGGAGAAGAAGCGGCUGGUGAUUUGACGGCUUCAAUGGAAGAUCUUCGGAAAGCCAGAGGAACUGAAGAUUGGGAACGACGAAUGAAAGCUAUGGAAGAGAAUUUAGAGAAGCGACGGGCCGAAAUAGACCCAACCUUGGAUGAAGGGCAACGGAAUAAGCUGUCUGCAGACUUAUUGGCACGAGAAAAUGAGCUGAAAAAGGCGAGAGCUGACCAUGAAGCUCUGCGGGCCAAGCUCAGCCAGAUGGAGAGCAAGCUUAUUGUGGGAGGUGAAAAUGUGUUGGAAAAGGCUGAAGACCAGGCACGGAUGUUGGAAGAAAGUAAUAAAGAACUGGAGGAGACGCUGCGGAAAGAAUCUGACUUGAGAGAUCGUUUAAGGGAAAAAGAACAGCAUAGAGAGACGAUUGAAGAACGAACCACGACGCUCCAAGAAGAGGCGCAUUCGAAGACGCAGAAGUUAAAAAGAGUAUUUCAUGAACUGAAAGAGGUUGAAGCUGAAAUUUCGGAUAUAGAGGCUGAACAUCAGAGGGAAAUGGAAGGCCUUUUGGAAACUGUUCGGCAGUUGAGCAAAGAAUUGCAAUUACAGAUGACGAUUAUUGACGAGUAUAUUCCUCAAGAAUGCUUGGAAUUGAUCGAGCAAUAUGUGGAGUGGAAUGAAGAGAUUGGGGAGUGGCAAUUGCGGGCAAUUGCCUACACGGGCAACAACAUGCGAGCGGCCCGGCAGACACCCCCGCUGGCUUAUAAGCUUGAUCAUAGUGGUUCCCUCAGCCCUUACUAUUCAUAUCGCGAAGAUGCCCCGCUAGCUAAAUCGUCGAGUUCUCGUCCACCAACGAGGAGCGGACGACGGGAACGAAGCCAAGGGCGGAUACAUCAACUUCUUUCU